ACCACAGAGAGUCUGCUAUUCUCAGAGUUUUUAGCACCCUCUCAUGUCUGAUGUGUGAGUGACAGCAUGAGGCAGCGAGAGGGAGUAACUCCACUGAAUUUAAGCCAGGGACAGCUGACUGGUUGGAAUGUAAUUGCUCUCAAGUGAGGUCAGCAGCAGGCAUUUAUCUAAGCAGAGAGAACUGCAACAGACGAAGAUGCACAGAACCAGCCUGGUAGAAUCAGAGAAACAUCAAUGGGAACUGACGGAAGCUGACAGUUCUUGCUUAACUUUACAUAACUUUACAGGCUGCAUAACCAGCCUUUGUUUACAGCAGCAACUACAGCUCCAGAACUAAAGGCUCUUCAAGUUAAAACUUUUGCUGUACGGGAACACACUUCUGGCAACAUCGAUCAUCACUCAAAGAACUUUGGUACCUUGAAUAACGUCGUGGCCUGGAUUACAGUACCUUUGUGGGACUACAGUCUUAAGGAGGUGGCAUAGCCAAUGAUUAAAAUCACGGAGGACUAAAGUGAGACAUUUCACUACACUGUAAUCCAAAUUCAUCUUCAGACGACUUUCCAGCUUCAGUCAGCACCAAACUAGCUUCAAGAAGUUUCCUUCACUGGCACCUGGUUUCAGCAUCCCACUGGAAAUCCCUGCUGCAGAUACAAGGGCCUGGAGGUCACAAAAUAGGGGGUCAGGGGGUUAGUCUGCUGGAAGAUAGUAUACACAGUUCUAUCUCAUAUUUCAGUAUGUUGUUCAUUGAUUCCCACUGCACUGUAUUAUAAUGCACAAAUGGAUGCUGGCAUGGAACCUUAAAAAUCUGCUAUUGGAACUGUAUCUACAUGCCAUCUUCCUGUUUGGCAGUGUAUGUGUAGUCUACAGUGACUGCACACCAGAGCACCUUGCUGCCAUCAUGAACUGCUCUAGACAGGAUCGCCACACCAGGAAUUAUGACUACAUGGAGGGGGGAGACGUACGUAUUCGACAGCUGUUCAGCCGUACACAAUGGUUCCUCACAGUCAAUGACGAUGGCAACAUAAAUGGAACUCAAGAUCCCACCAACUGCUACAGUAUACUGGAGAUUAGGACAGUUUCUGAAGGAGGCAUACUGGCAAUCAAGAGCAUCAAAAGCCAGUAUUAUAUUGCUAUGAACAAGUCUGGGCAGCUGCAAGGCAAGAGGAUCUACAACGAAAACUGCAACUUCAAGGAGGUUUUUCUAGAAAAUUACUUCAAUGCUUACUCCUCUGCAAAGUGGACUAAAAAUGGUAAAGAAAUGUUCAUAGCUCUGUCUCAGAAGGGAAGGCCACUACGAGGGAAGAAGACCAGGAGACAGCACAUAGCAUCUCACUUUAUCCCUAUGAAAUGCAGGGAGGAGGAGAGAAGAAUAGACUGAAAACACAAAGGACUAAGUCUCAAACUGUGCAUAUUAACAGACACACGUAGUGCCAUUAUCACACUCUACUCUCCUCAAGAUAUAAAUUACCUGUCUAAUAUUACAUCAACUGUUGUCAUUUCCAUAAGAGCAAGCAACGUAUCAGAUGAGCGCAUAAAAAGUAUUUCAGCAUCCAAAAAUGAGACACAGAAGCAAAAAAGUAUUCAAAUAUUUAAGAUAACCGUUAAACAGAUUGUAAGUACUGAUGCCUUUUUCAUAGUAUUGUUCUUUUGAAUUAAAUAUCAUAUUUCAUAUUUCCGGUUGUAUGUAUCGGUUUUCUUAUUGAACAGUGAAGCAUUUAAUAGGAAUGUAUUUUGUUUGAAAGAUGUUCUGUAUACCGAUAUCUGAGCAGAGUUGUUUGAUCAACAAGCCCCACAUUAGAAAUUUACCUCAACUGAAGCAAUAAAAAUACAAAUACAGUAGAGUUUAAAAGCAUGCUCAGAUCACAAGAUAUACAUUAAAUAAAACUAAAACUGCAUGUUUGGUGAAGCCAUAUUGUUCUUUCUGGCCUUCUGUUAACCAGAGAUCAGACUUUGGUCAAACAUAUUGUUGCUCUCUGACUUUUUUUCAUUAUCAUUGUGUGAAUUUGAAAAGCAUUCUGUUUCCACUGCUGCUGUUGAGAAGAUAUUUAGGUUAAAAUACAAGUUGAACAAUAUAACUUUGUGUGUGAAUGUGUUUUUUAACUUAUCAACAUACAAAUAAACAGCAGAUUCUUUAUAAUUCUUAAAUAGUAUCUGUGAUUGUUUGUUAUCGUUAUUUCACACACGUUACCUGUUAAGGUUUCUGUUUUUUCAUUUUUUUUUUCUAAAUCAUUUAUUGUGCUGCUAUUUUCCCACUAGAUGGUAUUAAAAAUAUAUAUAUAUAUAUAUAAUGUAAU